AUGUCUGCCAUUGUCUGUGGUGGAGCAGUUAGCUCUAUCAGUCCUUCCUUCUCGGCUCUCUCCUCGGCCUUCCCUCCGACGAGAAUCUCUGCUUCACCUAAGCCUCCUUCCGUCGUCCGCUGUGCGCUUCAAGGAACUGUAGCAGAACCACAAUCUGUCUCGGCUACUAAACCCCUUCUUCUAAAUGCGGUUAGAGGACGGGAUGUAGAGAGACCCCCAGUUUGGCUCAUGCGGCAAGCUGGGCGGUAUAUGAAGAGUUACCAGAUGAUAAGUGAGAAGCAUCCUUCUUUCCGCGAAAGAUCAGAAAAUGUUGAUCUUGUAGUGGAAAUCUCACUACAACCAUGGAAGGUUUUUAAACCUGACGGGGUUAUUUUAUUUUCUGAUAUCUUGACUCCACUUUCUGGGAUGAACAUACCUUUCGACAUUGUAAAAGGAAAGGGUCAUGUUAUCUUCAAUCCCUUGCAAACGUCUGCUGAUGUUGAUCUCGUUAGAGAGUUUGUUCCUGAUGAGUCAGUUCCAUAUGUUGGGGAAGCAUUGACAAUCUUGCGGAAAGAGGUAGAUAACCAAGCCGCAGUGCUGGGUUUUGUUGGUGCUCCUUUUACCCUUGCAUCUUACGUUGUUGAAGGCGGUUCAUCAAAACACUUCAUCAAAAUAAAACGCUUGGCCUUCUCCCAGCCCAAGGUUCUCCAUGCAUUGCUUCAGAAAUUUGCUACUUCCAUGGCGAAGUACGUUCAAUAUCAAGCUGACAAGGGAGCUCAAGCUGUUCAGAUCUUUGACUCGUGGGCCACAGAACUUAGUCCAAUUGAUUUCGAGGAGUUCAGUCUCCCAUACUUGAAGCACAUAGUUGACACUGUAAAACAAAGCCACCCAUCCCUUCCUCUAAUCCUUUAUGCAAGCAGAUCUGGAGGGUUGCUCGAGAGGCUGGCUUUGACCGGAGUGGAUGUGGUCAGCUUGGAUUGGACAGUGGACAUGGCAGAAGGCAGGCGACGAUUGGGACAAGAUGUAGCAGUCCAAGGAAAUGUCGAUCCAGGUGUUCUUUUCGGCUCGAAAGAGUUUAUCACCAACCGGAUCAACGAUGUAGUGAGGAAGGCUGGUAAAGGGAAACAUAUAUUGAACCUUAGUCAUGGGAUUGUAGUAGGGACACCAGAGGAGAACGUUGCUCAUUUCUUUGAGGUGGCCAAAGGACUCAGAUACUAG